AUGGAUUUUCUCCCUAAGAAGAAAAUUGAUCCUUCCAUAACCCCCUCCUUAUGUAAUCAUCACCUACCCCCUCCCCCCUCCCCCCUCCCCCACUCCCUACGCCACCCUACCCCCUAACCCCUACCCCCACACAAACCCAACAAAAAACAAUACUUUUUCUUCCUCUCUUUCAAGUCUCUUGAACAAGCUCCUUGUAUUACAUUUCCAUAGAAAGAAAGAGAGAAGGAGAGAGAAACAAAUAUAUAUAAUUAAUUAAUAAUCAAACUAGAUAUAUAGCUAUAUACAAAGAUAGAGAAUAUCUUUAACAUAUAUUCUUUUUCUCUCAGAAAUUUUUUUUCUUUCAAUCGAAAUAAUUUUCUCUAGAUUUUUCAAUCGAUUUGCCGCGAAAAAAAAUAAUCUUCAUCAAUUUUUCACUUUUUAUUUUUUUUUUAAUUUUCUCAUUUUUUUUUUUUUUUUUUUUUUCUGAAAAAAAAUUUUUUUUUUUUUUUUAAUUUUUUUUUUUUUUUUUUUUUUUUUUGGGAUUUGUGGGUAUACUUAAUAUUGAAUUUUGAUAUCUGGGUAUUGAUAAAAAUUUGAUUUUUUGAUCUGGGGUUGAAUUUUUUUUUCAGUUAUGGCAAAGAGUAAUGGGAAUCUUGAUAAAUGGAGGGAUUAUUUUGGUACAGCAAAUUCAGAUAUAUUUGAUAUAAUUGAAUAUGCAGUUUUAGUAGCAGCAGCUGAUUGUCCAAAGGAGUUCAAAUUGAGAAGAGAAAGAAUUGCUGAAAUGUUAUUUACAUGUAAAUUUACUAUGUGUUUUGGUUGUGAUAAAGUUGAAUUAGCUGUACCAGUUGUUGAUGGUGUUGUUAAUGAUGUUGAUGAUGAAGGGAAAGUGAAGGGUAAAAAAGAGAGUAAAGCUAAUAGCAGUGUUGGUAAUCAUGUUGAUGAUGUUGUGAAUCAAGUUAGUAAUUAUAGUUAUGGCGAAGCUGAGGCAUUAACUGAGGAGAUUGAGGAAGAGACACAGACUUUUGGAGAGGUUAUGAGGAUCAAGGAUGUCAUUGAUAACAGCCAAGCUGAGUCUUCAGAGUUAUUCGAAUGCUUAAGAAGGCUCCAGCUAAUGGCUUUGUCUGUGGAGACCCUGAAGGCCACGGAGAUUGGAAAGUCAGUUAAUUCUCUCAGAAAGCACAACUCAAAGGAUAUCCGGCAUCUAGCCCGGACAUUGAUUGAGGAUUGGAAGGUCUUGGUAGAUGAAUGGGUGAAUGCUACUGCAGCCUUUACAGGUACUGAAAGCACUCCAGAGUCUAUGAAAGCGUCUGUAGUUGAUCAAGAGGAGGAAGGACUUCCUUCCCCACCAUUAGAUGACUUAGCUUUCUUUUCUGCUCAGACUACUUCGAUGGAGUUGGGACAAUUCUUUGAUGGCAUGGAUGAUGAUGGAAAUCCUCGAAACAGUGGGGAAUUCAAUGAGAACCGUGGUAAUGGCAGAAAGCCAUCACUGGAUAACCAGAACAUUCCUGUCCGGAAGCAGCAGUCUGCUGAAUGCUUCGGUGCUGCUCCUAAAGAGAGGAAGCAGGAAGCCUUAAUCCAGAAACAAACUACCGUUGUCAAACCAAAUAAGCCAUCCGGAGGUAACUCUGGGCCCGGGAGACAAAUUAGACCAUCCUCGGAACAGAAGCUCAAGAUUAACGAGACAAACUUCCAGCAGAAAUCUGACAAAGGCACAAUUCAAAAGAGGCCUAUGACGUCUCAACAGAAUAAACUUAGACAGUCAGAUGAGGAUGCAGUUCAAGUCAAACUUGAAGCAACAAAGAGAAAGCUCCAGGAACGGUACCAGGAAGCUGAAAACGCCAAGAGGCAGCGGACAAUACAGGUUAUGGAGUUGCAUGAUAUCCCCAAGAGGGCCCCAAACCAAGGUCCUGGCCUUAAGAAUCCUCAUAUGAGACCUGGCAACAAUAAUAGGCAUUGGGGAAAUGGACGUCGGUGAAUUGAUUUGAACAAACUGUCUCAAUAAGUUACUCUAGUCUCUUAGAAGGACACCGAUGACUCCUCAGCUGAGUAAAUUCUCAACUUGCUGUGGAAACGGAAGAUCUCAUAUAAUCGACCCUCAACAAAGAGAGGCCACUCUCAAAUCGGGAGAUAGGCAUGUAAAUGUUAUCGGAGUUACAUUAUGCUUGGAUAAACAUUUUCUCGGACCUCACAGUACAGGGUUUGGGCUCUUUGGUCUAAUUUCUUUUUGAUUUUUAGGAAGGACAUAAUAUCGUCCAUUUUGGAUGAACCAUCUUAUGAGCAUUUAACAAUAUGCUUUCAUAGAAAUACCCUGACUGUAUAUUUGCACAGAAUAAGUGCAUUUUCAUUUUGGAUUAGAACAUUGAAAUAUGAUUAGAAAAUAUAAAAUAAUGGUUACAUUA